UUGCAUUCUCUAUCACAGCCUUCUCUGAGCCCGACCCCUACAGCAUUCGCCAUCAGACCAUAGUGGUAUUCUGCCAUUAAGCACACCCAGCUCACGGACCAGAACCCAAAGCAAUGACUAAGCUAGAGGCUACCCACCAGCCCAAUUUCUCUGAGCUGGAACAAUGGCACUACGAAGAAAAGAGAGGUGCCGACACGGAGAUAUCCUUCGAAAACUGGGACGAAGCCAUGAAGAAACUUGUCUUGGGCAAAACGGACGAGAUUACAGCUGCUUCCUGGCCCUCCUCUUGGAUCUUUCCUCACAAAAACAUUGAUUCCGAGACAGCAUUCCUGUUCCUUGACGGCAAACAUCCCCGACUCGCAUAUCGCCUUGGGUAUACCUAUCAGGUGGUGCAUCGCCAUAUCAAGCGCCUACACAAACAGGACGUUCCUUACACUCAGGACGCGUUCUUAAGUCAGCGCACUCCUGAUGGGCAGACGAUCUGGGUCCAGAUUAUGGAGUUUAUGAAUAAAUUUAGAGACUUAGUCCAAUGGGGUGGUAGUUUGCAUCCUACCGCUCGGGACAAAAUAGGAGUGUUUAGAACCUAUAUUCGCUUAAAACUGCGUCCGGCUAACGAGUAUAUUUAGGAAGAUCUUCCUCCGGAUAACGAGUACUUUAUUACAAACGAUAAAGAAGAACCGUUUAUAAAAAGUCUAAGUACUACUAUAGCCGACCUUUAGAAAAUAUAGGACUUUUAGUAAAAUAGGGAGAUAGAGGAAUUAGAAAAGUUUUAUAUUAA